CACAAGGGGAGGGGAGGAGGCCACACCAGACCAGAGAAGCAGCAGCCAUUUCCUUCCAGCCGAGGGAGACGAGAGGAGAGCACUCUUCCCUCUAGGAGAGGAGUAGCAUCGAGAGAGGGAGAGGGAGGAGAUACUCGUGAGCACGAGGGGAAGGAGAAGGAGGGCGGGCUCUCUCGCUCUCUCCCUCCAUCUGCCUUGUUGAGGCGGUUGGUGCGUGGAUCUGCGCGGCGGCGGCGGUGUCUGCCGGACGCCGGCGACGCGGCGGCGACUAGGAGGGGAGAUCGGAGGCGCAUGCCUCAGAUCUGACAUGGAGCGGAUCCGGGAAGGCAGGAGGGCCGCACUGGCCAUGUCCGGCGGGGCGCCACCGCCGCGGCGGCGGCUGAGGAGCAACGGCGGCGGCGUCUCCGGCGGCGCGGGGCCGAGGGGCUCGCCUCGGUCCGAGAGGAGGCGGGGGGAGCGGCUCAUGCUCAACGGCAACGGGCGCGACGACGGCGACGACACCUCCGACGACAGCCUCGGCGACGACGACGACGACGCCGACGAGGAGCUCGCCGCCUCCGCGCCCAGGUUCCCGCCGGUGCAGCGCCGCUCGCCCAGCACGGCGCCCCCGCCGUCCCCGCCACAGCCUGGCGCCGCGCACCACCACAGCAGUAGCAGCAGCGGCGGCGGCGGCGGCGGCGGUUACAACAACCACCACCACCACGGGCAGCAGCAGAUGCACCGGAGGGGGGGCUCCAAUCCCAAGGGCCCCAUAGUGUGGAAGGCCGCCGACGAAAUGAUCGGCGUUCCAGUCCCGAGGAAGGCGCGCUCAGCUUCUACCAAGAGGUCUUCGCACGAGUGGACAGGCCCCGGCGGUGGAAGCGGCGGCGCCGUCGCUGUAGACGGCUCGCAGAUCCAGCGGCCUUCUUCACGGCCGAUCUCGCCGGCAUCCACAUCGGCCACCGCCCCUGUUCGGAAAAAGCUGAAAACACUUGGCGGCGGUGGGAGCAGCGGCGGUUCUGGGCCUGUACCGAAGCAGCGGCCGUCGCCGGCAUCAGCUCCUCCGGCAGCCCCGCCUCAGCCGCCACCAGCAAAGAUUUCCAAGUCGCCAUCGUUCAUUCAGGAGGAGAUCGAGGUCGCCGAGGUGCUAUUUGGCCUGACACGGCAGUUCCCCUGCCCUCCCAAGCAGGAGAACACGAACCACAAGCCGGAGCCAAAGGACGCGCCGGAGGCCAAGUCCGGGAACUCUUCGCCGGCUCCGUCGUCAUCUGGCGUCCGGCCGGCAGAUUCAGCCUCUCUCACCACUACAGCCCCAAAGAGGAAGCGGCCACGGCUCGUCAAGUACGACAACGAGAACCUCCCGGCGAGCCCAGCAAAACCGGACACGGCAGAGCCGCCCUCAAGGCCGGAAGUUCCUCCGGUGGCGAGAUCAGAUGCGAAGCCGUCGGUGUUGGCUGUGGCCGAAAGUGGCGCCAGCAGCACCGCCGCCGCCACCGCUGGUGCGCAGCAGGAGUCAACCCGGGAGCCAGAGAAGAGGGAGGACCACAGAGGAAGAGAUCCAGAGCUCCGGGCCAGCGAAUCAGAUCGACGGGAUCCCGGGCCCGAGAGCAGCCGGGCCGAGCCGCCGGCAGCAGCAGUCAAGCCCGACGGCGAGGCUGCUGCGCCGGUCGGCUCUGAGGCCAGGAAUGGGGAGGCCACCACCGCGACAAAGAGUGAGCUGGCAUCUGAUGGCGCUCGGCAAGAAAAGUUUUGCAUUGAUCUCAUGGGAUUGGAUUCUGAGAUGGACGUGGAUGUGAGAGGAAAUUCUGAAAAGAAAGAUGGCGAGAGGACCCGGAGAGGCCUGGAGAUCAAUCUGGAGGACGAGAAGGCGCAAAGGAUUCCGGCGGAGGAGCAUGCUCCAAAGAAGCUCACUCUGCAGCUUGAUUUGGAGAAGCCCAGCCAAGGCGACGAAAAGUCGCCAUCUGAGCGCAGACAGCCGCCAUUGCCGCCGCAGCAGCAGCAGCAGCAGCACAAGCCCUCAAAGUCCGAGGUCAAGCAUGAGAAAUCACCUCUACCUGCUGCUUCACCGCCUAUGCCAAUGACCGUCGGCGGCUGGAUGGGGACUUUCCCACCUUUUAGUUACAUUGCUCCUGUUCCUGGACUAUCAGCUCCUGGGCUUCAUCAUCCUAUGGACAUCAAGCCAGGAACUUCUGCUGGAUUACAGCAUCCUGCAUUGCCUCCACUGCCAGUACGCCCGAAGCGCUGCGCUACACAUUGUUACAUCGCACAGCAGAUCCAAUACCACCAGCGAAUUACGAAGAUGAACUCUUUCUGGCCCACAACAGCGGCUGCCGCCGCUGCCGCCGCCGCCGCCGCCACAAGAUCUGCACCAUUCUUUGGUCCAAGAGGACCAUUCAACAUGGGCGUCGUUCCACCUGCAGAGGCUGCCUCCCUUCUCGCGAACCCAAUGCAGGGGAGCUACCCUGUUCGGGCACACGCCCCGCUGCAAGAAACUAAGGCUCCUUCAAUGGUGCCUUCUCCUUUCCAGGGGAGCCUCUCCAAGGAUAAAGCGUCAUCCAGCAGUGCCAGUGUUGCUGAAUCAAACCAAAGGAAGCAACCUCCAGCUCUUGAAGCGCAGCAGUCCUCUCCCAUGCCACCAAACAUGAUGCAAGCGCCAACAUUCAUCUUUCCAUUCAACCAACAUGCUGCAGCAGUAGCAGCUGCAACUGCCGCUGCCAAUCGAAUGGGAGAUACAAAAUCUUCUGGCACCAGCAGUGCGAUGCCAUCAUCUGCCACUGCCCACGCUUCAGCAGCACACCCUGGUGCACCGGCCAUGAACUUGAGCUUUGCCAACAUGCAGCCGGGUGAUGCCCAGUUCUUGGCCAUCUUACAGAACGGCUACCCAUUCCAGCUCGCUGCUGCUCAUGCUGGAGGAGCUCCAUCAUAUCGAGGCAUGGCACCACCAGGCGCAGGUGUACCGUUUUUCAACGGGCAUGUCUACUCUCCCCACAUGUUGAACCCAUCACAGCAGCAAGGUACGCAGCAACAAAAUCAUCAGAAAAACCCAAUGCCAAGCUUGUCUGGUUCCUCUCAGAAGCAUCAGCCACAACAAUCACAAGGGUUGCUGGGAUAUGCACCAAAUGCUAAUGCUGCUGCUGCCGCGGCCGCAGCAGCCGCUGCCAACAGUUCCCAGAGCUAUUCGAGCGGCAACCAGCGUCCUGUUCUACUACAUGGCCACGCUCACCGACAGGAUCCAGACAAGACUCUGCAAGAUGGUCAGUCAAGUGAUGACAAGUCUUCACACCAUCAGAAGGGUGGGCAUGAACAUAAUUUUGCUAUUCCAAUGCAUCUUCCAAAUUUUGCGUUGAUGCCAUCUGCUGGCAAUCAGAGUGAGAAGAAAUCUAAUGAUCACCACCAGCAGCCACCAACCAGUCGAGGCCAGGGUGUUCGGAUUGAUCUUGCUUCAUCUCAGCCUUUUGUGAUGCCCUUUGGUUCCAUUGGCGCUCCUGGUUCUGCUCCAAAUGGUCUUGACUUCUCGUCAUUGGCACAGAACCAUGCGCUUUUCCAGAGCCAUCAAGAAGCAGGCCGACAUGGUUACCCUCAGCUCAAUUUUGCUUCAGCCCAGUCUGUUCAAGCUGCACAGCAUAAACCCCAGCAUCAAAAUGCUGCAGAAGCUAAAUCUGUGGCUGGGGAUUCAUCUUCAAUGCCAAGUGCUGGAGAUAAUGAGAGAAAGAAAUCUGCAUCUGCAAAGUACCCGAGUGAUUCACAGCAGCAUUCUCUUUCUUUCUCUAAGCCAGAAAACAAGUCUUUUAUGCACCCUUUCCUUGGUAGCAGUGCUAAUGAGCCCUCAGUCCGCACUUUGAGCCUUAUUGGUGCGGAAUCUUCGAAUGCCUUUGGGUUAGGCAGCAGCAAAUCUUCAAGUGCUUCUACUGCAGCAGCUACGUCAGCUGCAGCCCCAUCUGCACCAACCAUGUCCCAGCAGCAGCAAAUUCAGCUGCAGCUGCACCAACACCAUCAGCAUCAGAUGCAGCAACAAUUCCAGCAGCAGCAACAGCAGCAGCAGCAGCAGCAGCAGCAGCAGCAACUCCAGCAGCAGCAGCAACAGCAGCAGCAGCAGCAACAACAACAGCAGCAGCACCAGCAACAUAUGUUACAGCUUCAGAAACAGCAGCAGCAGCAGCAAUUGUUUCAAAAUCAUCUGAACUCUCGCCCCAGGUCUGCUGCUCCGAGUAAUGCAAGUGGAUACUCUGACCGUUUGAGUGCGACGAACUUUCAGAAUUUAAUGUAUCCAUCAAGCGCUUCUCAAGGCGGAGUUCCUGGUCAAUCACCUCAAUUGAAGGCAUCGUCGUCGAUGAGAGUGUCAGCUCCACCUUCAGCUGCUUCUGUCCCUGCUGCAUCCUCGCCUUCUAAUUUGAUUAUGAUGAAGAACAGUGGUCUCCAUCAACAAGCAAAAGCUCUGCAGGCUCUCUCCACCCCGAAUCACCAGUCACAAAGCAUGAGUUCGUCGAAGAUUGGCCACUCCCUUACUAAUCUUUCUACUGGAGGAGCAGGGGACCUAUCUCGAUCUUCAAAUGCCCCUGUUGCUUCUGGUUCGCCAUCUAACUCGGUCUCCAAAAGUACUGGUGGUAGCCCACCUGCAUCUGGAAGUGCGAAGGGUGGCCAGCCAGUUGUCCAAUUGUCAUCACCUCAACAACAUGCAGCAAAGAACUCCCCUUCAACUUCUGGAUCCAAGUCGGCUUCAACAAAUCCCUACAGCAGUAUGCCUAUGCCAUCGAUCCUUGGUCAGCAACCAAACAUGGCUCACUCUGGUGGUAAGCAGCAGUCACAUGGACCCUCAUUGAAACAACAGCAGCCGUUCCCACAAGGCCAUGGCCACGGCCACUUCUUCAUCUCCAAUGCCUUUGCGCCACAAGGUCCGCCUCAGCAUGUAAAUGCUGGAGCUGGUGCUGGCCUCUACCAAAAGCGCUCGGCUGACAAGACGCAGCAGCAGCAGCAGCAGCAGCAGCAGAAUGCUGUCUCUGGUUCGUCUGCGAUGCUCUCUCUUGGUUCCAUGUCGAUGUCCACAUCUGCGAUUCCAGCUGAUGCGGGGAAGGCUCAUAGUGCAGCUGGCAGUAACAUGAAGGCCAAUCUUCAUCCAGCGCCUGGUGGUUUUAUGCACCUUGCGACAGCGGGGCAAUCUGCGAGUGGUUCGCCUCACUCUCACCUUUCAGCGGCACAAUUGACGUUUUCAAUGCCGAUGCCCGUAAAGCCUACCAGUGAUCAGAAGCCUGCUGCUGGUAAGUAAAGGACCCAGACGCCAGAGCAUGGGAAUGCUGCUAAUCUGAGUCGGCGAGCUAACUGCUAAUUCUGUCGGAAGCUCGGCGCGCGGAAGAAGCGAUUGCGUGGCAAGAGGCAUAGCUGCGAGAGCCGGAACGUCGACGAGGAGGAUGAUGCACCCAUUCCAUCCAUUCAGGGGCUCUGGCAAAUCUGUGGAGUAAAAAUGUGGAACGGCUGGCUGAUGGGAGUGAUACUUGUGUGUAGUAGGUUAUCCUCCCAUGGUGGAAAGCUGGAGGUGCAUAGAAACCCUUUUUUUUAGCAGUUUUAUGCAAGAUUGUCAAAAGCUGGUCUCUCUCUGAACUUCUCCCCUCCCCUCCAACUGCUGCUCUGCUCUGGUCUGGUCUCUUUAGAUUUGUUCUUUUUGUUGUUGUCUUAACUGAAGGAAGAAGGUUUAAUUAGAAUGCAGGUCAAGGGAAAACUUUUGUGA